AUGGCGUGUCAGGCACUUCGCAGAUUUGGUCGAAAGCUGUUACGCAGACGGAAACUGGAGCCAGGCAUGGCUGACAGUCGCCUGGUCCGAUGUCUGAAUACUCUGGAUCUAGUGGCCCUGGGUGUGGGCAGCACAUUAGGUGCAGGCGUGUAUGUCCUGGCUGGCGAGGUGGCCAAAGACAAAGCAGGACCAUCCAUUGUGCUUUGCUUUUUGGUGGCUGCCCUGUCUUCUGUGUUGGCCGGGCUGUGCUAUGCGGAGUUUGGGGCCCGGGUCCCCCGGUCUGGUUCUGCAUAUCUCUACAGCUAUGUCACUGUAGGUGAACUCUGGGCCUUCACAACUGGCUGGAACCUCAUCCUCUCCUAUGUCAUCGGUACAGCCAGUGUGGCCCGGGCUUGGAGCUCAGCUUUCGACAACCUGAUUGGGAACCACAUCUCUCACAUGCUGCAAGGGAGUAGUGUGUCACUGAACUUUCCCCAUGUCCUCGCGGAGUACCCAGACUUCUUUGCUUUGGGCCUUGUGUUGUUGCUUACUGGACUGCUGGCUCUGGGGGCUAGUGAGUCGGCCCUGGUGACUAAAGUGUUCACAGCGGCGAACCUUUUGGUUCUUGUUUUCAUCAUCGUCUCUGGCUUCAUUAAGGGGGACCUGCACAACUGGAAGCUCACAGAAGAGGACUACAACCUGGCCGUGACUAAAUACAAUGACACUCACAGCUUGGGCCUGCUGGGCUCCGGAGGAUUCAUGCCCUUUGGCGUCGAGGGGCUUCUCCGUGGAGCAGCCACCUGUUUCUAUGCAUUCGUUGGCUUCGACUGUAUCGCUACCACCGGGGAAGAGGCCCGCAAUCCCCAGCGUUCCAUCCCCAUGGGCAUUGUGAUUUCACUGUCCGUCUGCUUUUUGGCGUAUUUUGGUGUCUCUUCGGCACUCACGCUAAUGAUGCCUUACUACCAGCUUCAGCCAGAGAGCCCCUUGCCUGAGGCAUUUCUCUAUGUUGGCUGGUCCCCCGCCCGCUACGUUGUGGCUGUUGGCUCCCUCUGUGCUCUUUCUACCAGCCUCGUGGGCUCCAUGUUCCCCAUGCCUCGCGUGAUCUACGCCAUGGCAGAGGAUGGCCUCCUGUUCCGUGUCCUUUCCCACAUCCACAGUGGCACACGCACCCCCAUCGUGGCCACUGUGGCCUCUGGCGUCAUCGCAGCGUUAAUGGCAUUCCUCUUCGAACUAACUGACCUCGUGGACCUCAUGUCGAUUGGGACCCUGCUUGCCUACUCCCUGGUGUCUAUUUGUGUUCUCAUCCUCAGGUAUCAGCCCGACCGCGAAAUCCACAAUGACGAAGAUGAAGUGGAGUUGCAGGAGGAGAAGACACAAGCAGAAAAGAUGACCUUAUCGAAACUGCUCUGUCCCCCUGACUCCGUCCCAACCCCACUCUCUGGCCGGGUUGUCUAUGUUUGUUCCUCACUGCUCGCUCUGCUGGUGAUCGCCGUUUGCGUGGUGCUGUCGCAUUACUCAAUUCCACUGCUCUCUGGAGACUCCACGUGGACUGCGGUGGUCGCGGUGCUCCUGGCGCUCAUUACUGGGAUCACUGGGAUCAUCUGGAGGCAGCCACAGAGCUCUACUCCCCUCCACUUUAAGGUCCCCGCUUUGCCUUUCCUCCCACUCAUGAGCAUCUUCGUGAAUGUUUACCUCAUGAUGCAGAUGACAACUGGCACCUGGGCCCGAUUUGGGGUCUGGAUGCUGAUUGGGUUUGCCAUCUACUUUGGCUAUGGAAUCCAGCAUAGCCAGGAGGAGGUAAAGAGUGACCAGCCCCCACUCAAGUCUAGGGCCCGGGGUAUAGACCAUGACCUCAGCAAUGCCGGUACACAUUCGCUUUGA